AUGGAGUCGGUGAAGGGGUGGGUGGCGGCCAACUACGCGGAGGCCAUGGCGUCGAUACAGCACUCGCUGCGCGUCGCCUACGUGGUCUUCUCCUUCUGCGCCGCCUUCUUCCUCGGCGGCAUCAAAGGCACGCCCGUUCUUGUAAUCAAUCGCGUCUUGCCAUCUUCUGAUUUUGGAGCCUUGCUUUGCUUGGGGCCUUGGGGGUUCUGCGCCCACGUGUUCUUACUUCUCUCAAAUGGAUGUGCAGCGAUGGUGGUCGGACCCGUUGCCGCCGCGCUGAUGAUAGUGGGCAACGUCGGCGUCAUACUCGUGCUCUUCCCGGCGCACGUUUGGUGGACAAUCUACUCGCUCGUCAAGACUGACCGUGUCAACGCGGGCCUGAAAUUAGCCGUGCUCUUGGCGCUGCCCGUGCUGUUCGGCCUCUGGCUGGGGCUCGGCAUCUUCGGCAGCGCGCUGGUGGCUCUCGGGUACGGCUUCUUCACGCCGUGGAUCUCCACCUUCGAGGCGUUCCGGCAGGAAAGCGAGGCCAAGAAGUUCGUGCACGGCAUUGUGGACGGGACGUGGGGCACGAUCAAGGGCAGCUGCACGGUGGUUAGGGACUUCGCCGACAUAUGCUUCCACUCCUACCCGGUCUACCUCAAGGAGCUGCGCGAGAGCUGCCAGAAUCGUGAGCCCCAUUCGAUAAGGUUGCUUGAUGUGCCGUCAUGUAUAGUUGUUGCUCUCCUGGGGCUAGUCGUCGACAUACCGCUUUACACAGUGAUUGCGCUGAUCAAGAGCCCCUAUAUGCUCUUCAAAGGCUGGCAGAGGCUGCUGCAUGACCUUAUAAGCCGAGAAGGCCCGUUCCUUGAAACAGUUUGCGUGCCAAUCGCUGGCCUGGCUAUCCUUUUCUGGCCACUGGUGGUGGUUGGGAGCGUUUUGUUGGCUAUCGUCUCAAGCAUUUUCGUGGGGCUCUACGGAGCAGUCAUUGUUUUCCAGGAGAAGUCCUUCCAAAGGGGAGUUUCAUAUGUUGUGGCCAUGGUUGCGGAGUUUGAUGAGUACACCAAUGACUGGCUUUACCUCCGCGAAGGAACAGUUCUCCCAAAGCCGUCCUAUAGAAAGAGAAAAUCAUCCAACUCCACAGAAUUCUCAGUCAGAACAAAUGCCUCUGUCAAAGGAACUGGUCCCAGUGAAGCACCGGCGAUGUUGGUUCCGAAUUUGGCUCCUGCAAGAUCAGUAAGAGAGGCUAUACAGGAAGUCAAAAUGGUCCAGAUAUGGGAAAACCUGAUGAAGUCAUGCGAACAGAGGGGCAGGGACCUUCUGAACCUGAAUGUCAUAACAACCGCCGGCCUGACCGAGUGGUUAAGGGCAAAGGAGAGCGGCCACGAGACCAUAAGUCUGGGCCUGCCUUCGUACAACCUGCUGUGCACCGUGCUGCAAUCGAUCAAGGCCGGCUCCGGUGGGCUGGUGCUGGGCAACUUCGAGGUCAACCAGCACAACAGGCCCCAGGACCGGCUGCUGGACUGGAUCUUCCACCCCGUGCUGGUCCUUAAAGAGCAGAUACAGGCGCUGAAGAUGACCGAGGAGGAAGUGAGGUUCCUGGAGAAGCUGACCGUUUUCGUUGGCAACGCCGCGAGCGCUGGUGGGUGGGAUAAUGGCGCCGAGAUGCCCCAGGAUCCUGUGAGGUUGGCACAGAUUCAGGCCAUCAGUAGAAGGCUGGUUGGAAUUGUGAGGAGCCUGUCGAAGUUCCCGACGUACAGGAGGAGAUACAGGCACGUCGUGAAGCUGCUCAUCGCCUACUCCAUCGAGAGGGAAAGCUCGUCGGCUUCAGGGCACUCGGCUUCUUACUUCGAGAUAACACAGCUGGACCCUUUUGUCACACGGUUCGUCGAGUCCCUGUCGAAAGCUGGCACGGUGGCACCUGGCAUUACAGCAGCAAGCGAGAAUUCGAUGGAUCGGUUCCCCCUUCUUGAUCCAAGGUUCGAUGAGCACCACCGGGCUCGGAGGAUCGAGAACGGAGAGGUUUUGAAUGUGCUGAGGCCAAUGACACAUGAGGCCUCUACGACCAUGGUCUACGACGAGAGGUACACGCCCUCCCAAGUGAUUUGGAUGUGGGAGAGGCUUCCAGUUGGGAGACCGCAUCAGCUUGAUCCCCCACAACCUUGGUUUCCUCAAGGAGACGCAGUUGUCGCCCCUACCGUGGCACACCUCUACGAGCGAGCCCACGGAACAUACCACGUGUCACGCCACGCGUACAUCAGCUUCACCAACGAGCUGGACACCCUUUUGCCACAGCAUACGUUCCCGGAUGUGGCGGUCCCACAACGACUUGGUGCUUGGACCUUCUCUGCACAUGUUGGAGGGACUUCAUCUUCACAUGGUGCACAUGGUGGCGAUACUUCUUCUUCACAUGGUGCAAAGAACAUCGCAGAGGGUGGUCAAGGACAUGGUCAUUAUGAUGAUGAAGAUGAUGAAGGAUGGGAGAGUACUAUGAUCAUGAGUAUGAUGAGAUUGGCAUGUCCCGGCUUGGAGAUGCACCCCAAGGAACUCAAGGCCCCUCCGGUUCGGACGCCCACAUAG